AUCGGGUUUGAAAGAGUUGUACACGCCGUUAUAUUAACGUUCCGAUCACCAAUUGAGAAUAGAGAGAUAUACCUUUUUGUCGAAUCUUUCAUAAAAUAAAAAAUUGUAAACCAAAUUGUGCUUUAACUUAAGAAGAAUAAUAAUAAGAAAAAAAAGCGUUCAUUUAAAGACUUUGGUGUGAAUACACAUGCAUGCGUGGAUACUUUCUUAAGUGUUCGUUAAAUUAUUGUGCAUAGAGGUGCAUUCCGAUCGAUAGGUGUAUAUACGUAGCCAAACAUGUUAUUUGAUACAAUCAGCUACUUUUAGAACGAUCAAAUAAAAGUAAACGUUUGCAUCACUCUAACCGAUUGCAUCAUUCCACGACAGUGUUUCAAAAUCUUAAGUUUUGUUGUCAGUUUGUUCUUUUGCCGUUUUCAUUAAAACAUUGUGUUUGGAUCGGAAAGACAUUCAAGUUGAAGCCGUGCACUUAUUCAAUUAAACUAUAAUUUGUGUGAACCAGUGUAACAGAAGUUGGUUUUUUUUGUUGUUGAUUGGGAAUAAUUGGUUGUCAGGUGUGUGCUUUUGAGAUUGUAAAAAAUUGUUCAUCGCCAACAACAACAAAUUUUACCGCAGUUAAUCUACUCACGCAAACUUGAAGUAAAAACCAAACUGUAACGUUGGUUGUUAUGUAGAGAAUUACUGGAAUUACAUGUGUUGUAAAGGUCUUAUGUAGAUUUAGAAACAAAAAAUUGUAGAAACAGAAACCAAGUCCAAUGUUUGGAUAACAAUUACGAAAAACAAUAUCAACAAAAAACCAUCGCUCCAAAAAAAAAAACGUGGAAAUUCUAAGUCAUUACAUAGAUAUAUAAUAUAUUGCGAGUGUGAAUGCCUCAAAGCACCUCAAAGCAGACCAGUUGUGCACCAUAACAAAACUUACGAUAAACUUUAUUACAAAACAAAAAUCCACAAUAAUUCCGAAUUAAUGCUCCUACUUAUACACUUUUUCCAACUGAUAAAGUAUGUAUAACAUUUCUGGCUGUGUGUAAUGCGAUUAACUCGAAAACGAUAGAUACAGAAAUAGCAAAAUUUUACGAAAAAAAAGAGCAUAAAACAUACAAAAAACACAAAUCAGAAAAAGUAAAACAUAAAAUGGAUUCUGUUGUGGCCCCAUCGCCUUUCCUGUUGAACACGAGCACUAGAGCAACGGUUUAUCUCCCCACUAUUCCAAUUUCUCAAUGUAUAACGAGAAUAGUUGAAGUAAACCACGCACCGUUCACAAGUGCAGUGACCGGAUCAACAUCUUCAUCGGCGAAUAAUUCUCAUGUAGUCACUAUACAAAUCUCACAAAAUAACGACAUUCAUUUGCAAAAAGAAUUAUUUGUAGCAAGAAAAAUUGAUGAAAAAGUAACUGUUUUACUGAACGCCAGUGACAACAUUUCCAACAAUUUCAAAUUAUCAUCGAAUAAUAUCGACGACGACGAUACAACUGCUAGUGAAAUGGUGCAACAGCCCAACAAUGACCUAGAAGUCAACAAAUCGUCGAAUUUGUUUUACAUACAAAGCGGUCAAUGUUCACCAAGUUCGACUAUGGAUAUGGACAGUGGAACCUGUAGCGAUAUGGAAAGCACCGUGGAAACGACACCGCCACCGUUGCCGAAAAAGAAUUCCACCAAACUAAAGGGCACGUCGCUGAAGCAUACGAUUGGUCAUAUUCGUCGUGGAAGUUUUACGGACAGUGAGGAAAGUGAAUCGAGCCUCAGUUGCGAUUCAUUAAAUUCCGGCGACAUCAUCGUUGUCAAUAAAAUGUCUAAUCCCCCAAUCAGAGUGACGCCAAUGACAACGUUAAGCGAUUUCGAUAAAGAUAAUGUUGAUAAUGAAUCAACGAAAUUGAUUUGCCUGCCCGAUUCAUUGUUGCGCGACAUUCGAGAUCGGUCAAGUAAGUUAAGUGCCAGUGAUUUAAUAAAUAUGACACAAAGUGAACAAAACGGUGCGGAAACUCAUAAUAAAAGUUUAUACAGUCGCGUUAAAAUUAAAACGGGCACGACGACAACGGUCCAGGACAUCUGUGCACAAGAUUCGUAUCAAAAUUCGAAAAUAUAUGAAAAUGAUAAAUUUUAUAAAUUCCACAUCAACGAAAGUGUAUUGAAUGUUAUCGACGAAAUAUCUCCACAAAAUAUUCAUGCGGACGAAUCGUUUGCUGGAUACAAGGAUAUAAAUAGCCGAACGUCAACCAUACGCAGCUCCAAAGGUACAGUACGUGGAGUAAAGAAUCGUGUACGAAAUGGAAUUGCCACAUUUUUGCAGAUGCAACAGAGUAAUAUAAAGAAUUUCAAAGAAAAAGAUGCCGGAAAGGUGGUUCUUUACACAACAAGCAUGGGAGUUGUGCGAGAGACAUAUGCAAAAUGUGCCAAUGUGAAACAAAUUUUACGAACGCUGCUGAUAAAAUUUGAAGAACGAGACGUAUUCAUGAGCACAGAAUAUCAAAAUGAAAUCAAGAAUCGCAUGCAGUCGGACGAUAUUCUGGUACCGCAGUUAUUUGUCGAUGGACAAUAUAUUGGUGGUGCUGAUCAAGUGGAACGACUGAAUGAAACUGGUGAACUGAGACAGAUGCUUAAAACUUACAAAUCAAUAGGUUCGUCGUUUACAUGUCCAAUAUGUGGCGGAUACCGUCUAUUGCCAUGUCCAAGUUGCAAGGGAUCCAAAAAAUCAGUACAUCGUAACCAUUUUACAACAGAAUUUGUGGCUCUCAAAUGUAUGAACUGUGAUGAAGUGGGCUUGGUUAAAUGUUACAAUUGCUAAUGAAGAACAUAAUUGUAAGUGUAAGUGGUCAGAAAUUUAGAAACAAACGUUGGUUAGUUGGGUAACAGUAUCCUAGUCUCGAAAAGACAUAUUCUUAAAUAAUUCCCAGAAAAUUAUGAUUUGUUGGACCCGCCGAAGUAGAAAAACCAUUCUAUAGGAUAUGGAGAAUUCCAUGGCCCAUCCCGUGAAAUAGCUCGUCUUUUCUUAGAGCAUCGUUCAUAGAACAUCAUCUCAUCUACUAGUGGACCGUAUUCAGAAAAUUCCAAGAUUUUUUUUUGAAGUUUGGUUAGUCACCGGACAGAUGAUCAUAGAUUGCUUCAUAUGUGCGCCAGGAACGGAUUCCCUGACUUGAAAAUCACUAACCUUGCAACCAAUUUUAUCAUUAAAAUUGAAAUCUCAAAAUCUUCUCUGCGAUAUUAUCAGAUCGUUUCCUCUUCAGGAAAUAAGAAAUUAUUUUGCCUUUGAUACUCCAAAACUAUUUUUCGCACUACACCAACUCCACCGUGUUAAGCCAAAACAACGUUAGGCAAUUUCUUGUUCACCUUUAAAAGACUUUUGAUAUACCUUGAUGCAUUUUUGUGUCGUGGUUGCCAGGAGUACGUCAUUCCAAUUCGAUCUUUUGCUAUACCUGUUGUCCAAAUCCAGUUUAUCGGUUAAUAUAAUCCCACUAACCGCAAACACGUUAUCCAUGCGACCAAAGUCUUCGAAAAUUUUGUUAUGAUGCUGUUACCCUUUUCAUCCAAUCCCGUUUAAUUAACUGACCCGACCACGAUAACGUUGUAAAACGUUAAAUUUUAUUGCGGAUGAAACCUCUAAAAUUGUACAGAUGAGGAGCAUUAAAAAUUAAAAAUUAAAAGAAAAACGUCGACAGAGGUCGAAUAUAUAAAGUGCGCUUAUUAUGUUAAACACACAGAGACAGUGCAAGCAAGCAAGCAUGAACUUGAAUUUUGUAUUAUCUACAUAUUAAUAAUUAAUAAUUACUUGUACGUUAUAUGAAUUGAAGAAGUAACAGUUAUCGUACUUUAUAUAUAUGAUUUGGUUCCGUGUUGACCCUUUUUUUUUAAAUCAAUUUACUAUUUUAGUUAAAUUUUAUUUUUAAAUCGUCUUUUAAUGUAAUAUUCGUAGCGGUAUUAAAGAAUACUGUAAAAUAAAAUGGUUAAAAUUA